ACCAGCGGCCACCCCCUGCGGCAGGCCCCGCCCCCUUCGGCCCCGCCCCCCCGGCUCCCCGCCCCCUCCUUCGGCGGUGGCGCCGGGUGGCUGCGCCGGUCGUGGCGGUUUCGGUGCCCGAAGCCGGGAGCGCGUAGUCGUUCCCGGGAGCGGCGGCCAGGCUAUGAUCGCGGGUCCCCGGCGGCCCGCUCCGGCCAACCAGAGUCCCUGUCUUAGCUUGUGCCCGUGCCCGACCAGUCUCCUCAGCCCGGCCCCGCGGCGCAGUUGGCUGCGGCGCCCCCGGCGCGCCCCCUCCUCCGAUGGCGGCAGAGAUCCAGCCCAAGCCGCUGACCCGCAAGCCGAUCCUGCUGCAGCGGGUUGAGGGGUCCCAGGAGGUGGUGAACAUGGCCGUGAUCGUGCCCAAGGAGGAGGGCGUCAUCAGUGUCUCGGAGGACAGGACUGUUCGUGUGUGGUUAAAGAGAGACAGUGGACAAUAUUGGCCAAGCAUAUACCAUGUGAUGCCUUCUCCAUGUUCAUGCAUGUCUUUUAACCCGGAAACAAGAAGACUGUCCAUAGGUCUAGACAAUGGUACAAUCUCAGAAUUUAUUUUAUCAGAAGAUUAUAACAAGAUGACUCCCGUGAAAAACUAUCAAGCACAUCAGAGCAGAGUGACGAUGAUCCUGUUCGUCCUGGAGCUGGAGUGGGUGCUGAGCACGGGACACGACAAGCAGUUUGCCUGGCACUGCUCCGAGAGUGGGCAGCGCCUGGGGGGUUACCGCACCAGUGCUGUGGCCUCGGGCCUGCAAUUUGAUGUCGAAACCCGGCAUGUGUUUAUUGGUGACCACUCAGGCCAAGUAACCAUCCUCAAGCUGGAGCAAGAAAACUGCACCCUGGUCACAACAUUCAGAGGACAUACAGGUGGGGUGACUGCUCUCUGUUGGGACCCCGUCCAGCGGGUGCUGUUCUCGGGCAGCUCCGAUCACUCUGUCAUCAUGUGGGACAUCGGUGGGAGAAAAGGAACAGCCAUCGAGCUCCAAGGACACAAUGACAAAGUCCAGGCCCUGUCCUAUGCACAGCACACGCGGCAGCUCAUCUCCUGUGGCGGUGAUGGUGGGAUUGUCGUCUGGAACAUGGACGUGGAGAGGCAGGAGACCCCUGAAUGGUUGGACAGUGAUUCCUGCCAGAAGUGUGACCAGCCUUUUUUCUGGAACUUCAAGCAAAUGUGGGACAGUAAGAAAAUUGGCCUGAGACAGCACCACUGCCGGAAGUGCGGGAAGGCCGUCUGCGGCAAGUGCAGCUCCAAGCGCUCCUCCAUCCCUCUGAUGGGCUUCGAGUUUGAAGUCAGGGUGUGUGACAGCUGCCACGAGGCCAUCACAGAUGAGGAACGUGCGCCCACGGCGACCUUCCAUGACAGUAAACAUAACAUCGUGCACGUGCAUUUCGAUGCCACCAGAGGAUGGUUACUGACUUCGGGAACUGACAAGGUUAUUAAGUUGUGGGAUAUGACGCCUGUCGUGUCUUGAUGCUGCUUCCAGGCAUCAGGAAGAUAGUAUUUCCUCAAGAAACGGUUGUUCUAACCCAAAUCAUGACUGGAGCCGUAAAGCAGAUGCAUGCGUGGUGGGAGAGAAGCCGAAGAGCUGAGCUGAGCGUGUGUGUCCCCGCACACACGAUGGUGAGCGGUCGAUGAGCUCCUGCGAGGGAUCUCUUUCAACUUGUUCAUACAAUAUAAAAGAGGAUAUUUUUUUAACAAAUGGUUUAUACAGUCUGGCUGUGCUACCUUGUUUUGAGUAGAGUGCAAACUCAGUGUGGGGUGUUUUAAGUUUUAUAUUUUUCAUCACUUCAUUGUAGCUGUUGCUUCGCGUGUCGCAGAAAUGAGGCAUGUGUAACUGGUCAGGGUACUUGGGGUCGUUGUAAAGUAGUUCCCGUAUUUCCUUCACUGAGGCACGUAUCCUGUGGUCGGCAUCUUUUUCUUCUCUGUGAAUCCACCCUCAGCUUCAUCUGCUGUUCCCCAGAGUGUACGUAUUCACGGUUUAUUCACAGUGUUUCUGCUCUCAUAGAAAUUCCCUUCCAUUGAGAGAUCUGGAAAACCGUUCGUGUGGAUUUCCCAGCUGACUUCUUGAAUCGCCUGAAGAGCGAUCCGUUUGUAAUGUUGGGAUCAUUCACGUUCUCAUGGAGUGGAAAUGACCUCGUGUUUCUGCCUCAGUUUUUCUCUGUCUUUCCCACAUUAAAAAAAGAUGCUGUGAAAGCCGCUCCCAGCCACGAAGUAGAUUAUCAUAACUCAGACCUUCAACUGUCAGUGCCUGGAUCAUUUCUAAUUCGGUUGGAGCUUUCUGAGCCUUUUAGGUUUUACUUUAUUGACACAGCUCUCUGUCGCUCUUGAUAUUAAAAACAAACAAAACAACAAAACCCUGUGUCCUUCAAGAAUAGUGUCUCUAAGAUGUAUUGUUCUAUGUGAUGUUACUUCUGAACUUGGACGUGUUCGCUGCUGUGAGGUUGUAUCCUGUUUGAUUCCUCACCAUCUGUAUUUUCUUCCCCUUUCAAAAUCAGAUAGUUAAAGAUUUUUAUCUUCAUGUAUUUUAUCAGAACACUUUGCACACUUUCAUAGUAAAACUGUGUGAUCUGGGAUAUAAAAGGUACUGAAUCCUACAGCUCAUGCUGUGUUCCAGUUGGAAAUGUAAAAUAAAAAGAAAAAAAAGAGGGGGAGGGGGAGGCUUUAGAAAAUGAACCUGAAGAGCUUUAAUUUUAAGGAAAUCCAGUCAAACUUGAUAAAUUGAAAUAUUCUUGUGUGUAGUGACUCAACUUGGGAUAUUGAAGUCCUUUUUUAAAAUCUUAUUUUCACUUGUAAAAACAGAAUUGAAGUUAGCAGCAGGCAUGAGCUCUGUGCCCUCCCCGUUCUAAGCACUUUACAGGUAGCACUCAUUCAGCUCUCACCUGUCAGGAGCGUUGGGGGGUUCCUGAGUCCUUGGGGUUCGUCAGGUUAAACAAAGCCUUGCAGAUAAACAGGCCCAUUACUUGCCCUUCCCUAUCUGAGCCCUACCUCUGCAGGAUCUUGUUCUCUUCUGAUUUGACAAUUUGGGGGUGGAGGUGUGUGAAGUCCUCCCAAUUUUUUUUCGCUUUUCCUGGAGAGCGAUCUUUUCCCCCUUGUGAUCAUUAAUUAAUUUUCUUUCUAACUGGGAGAAGGUCUCCGAGCCAAACUUGGCUCCCUGCUCCUGCAGCACUGACCAAGCCGUGUGCUUCCUGGGCACGGGCUUCCGAGAGAUGAGUCUGUUGCUGUAGCUUUGGGUAGCAGGACAGCACGUGUGUCCCGUGCAGCCAUGGUACGUGACAGCCAUGACCUGGGUCAUCAGGGCAGUUGGGCCCUUGUGACCAUACUCUAAGGUUGUGUACACACACACACACACACGCACGCACGCACGCAUGCAAUUACCACUUGUCACGUGACUGCCUCUUCCACACUACCCUUGCUGGCCAUCAGUCAAAGCCAUUGUAACUAACCUGAGUCUCUUCUGCAUGACUGCUCUGUGAGAGAGCUUUAAAAAGGGAAUUCAAUUUAAAAUACUCAAAUAUCUAGUUUGUAGCUUUACUGCUAGAACCUGGAGCCACUUACUAAGUUAUAUGUAAUUAAAAAGCUAUGUGUUGGAAAUGAGUAAUAGAAAUGAAUCACCCUGUUUUCCCUUCCUGAACUUUGGAGCAUGGCCGGUACACAGAGCGUGUUAGGGAGGCGGUGGACCAGGUGCCCAGCAGACCUGACGUGGAUCUGAGGUGGGUCUACGUGAGCUCCGACCCCAUUGGGAAAGCUGACUGUCCCCUUUGGAUCACACGUGACACCAUGGUCCCUCUGGUCUGUGACUCUGCACUUCAGUCCAGCCAUCUCCCUCCCGGCCUGGCUGUGCCCAACCCACAGAGCCACUCAGAGGCUAAAACCACUGGACACGUCGUUCAUGAUGAGAGUCGCAACACAUAACCACAGAUAUGUCAAGGUAGCCGUUGCUCUGCUCUUUCCUUUCUCCUCAUCUGUGUAGGUGCUUGAAUCUUGUGAGAAGCGCUUUAGCACGCCCACUGUGUGUGUUUAUAAUACUGUGAAUUCUUGAGUAUUACAUUAUCGCCACCAUUUUGUAACUUAUAGGUAUGUGUUGGUGUCGGGGUGCCUUCCAAGCACUUUAUGGAAUAGAGGCUUCCUUCAUUAGGAGUGGAAGCUGGCGCCAGCACUUGGCUUUUCUCCUGUCUGGGUUAACUCUCAUAGUUCUUGUUUUACCCACUGGAAGUGCACUUUACGUAUAUUUUUUGCUCUGUUAUUUCAAUAUGCAGAAGCUCUGGCAAGGAAUACCUAACUCAGUUAUGCUGGGAAAGUGGCAAACCCGCACAUCCCAUGCAUGUGGCUGUCCUUUAUUUGGUAGCACAGAACCAAUCACAUGCUCUCAGUUUCUCCAAAGAAAUGACAUUACUGGAACGUUUCACUGCCUGGGUUGUCUCCACAGCGGCACAGGUGGUUUUAGGUCAAGUACUGGGAGUCAUGUGUCUUUUUAUCUGAGGUCAGUCAACCGUGAUGUCGCUCUCAUUGGAUUGUUGGAAUUAUUCCAAGAAUCAUAAAAUCACAAAACCGGAAGGGAUCUUCAGACAUCUAGAAUGUUUCAAGCACAAAACACUGUGGUCACACCAAACAGUUAGAUAUUGCUGAGGUAUCAACGAGGGAAAUCUAAAAGAAGAAUUUUCGAGGAACCGUUGAUUUUGAACAGGGACCAGUAAUCGCGUGAGUGGGAGCAGUGGCUUCCAGCCUUGAGACAGGGAGCUCUUGGGAACCGGGUCUGUUCCUCUCAGUGUUGGCACAUGUGAUACUUCUUUUGGCCCCAGUGCUGUGGUUCCCAGCGGGUGGGUGUGUGCAGUGAGGUAGUUACGGAAGGUCUCCAUCAGCAGAAACUAGUUCCUACACUCUCCGCCAUAGACCCCACCCCAGCCGCACAGUCCAAGUGGAAAUCCAGGGGCACUGCAAGCGCACCCUACCCUCAGUCUCCUGGCUGGCCCUGAGCCAGUCUCUGCACUGCCCUUCUUGUGGAAUAUCGCCUCUCCCUGUUCUGAGGUUCAUUUUUUCAAAAGCUUAUUUUUGCUUAACAUUAAUCAAUUUUUAAAGCCGGAAUUUUGCCUUUUAAGCCAGCGACCAGGUCUAAACUAGGUAUCAAAGUUACUGGACAUAAAUAUUCAUCAAAUGAGAUUCCUUUGGUUUGGCCUUUUCAUAGUACUUUAAUUGUAUGUAAGACCUUGUCCACUAAGAUUUAUAUUUUAAAGAGAAGGAAAGCAUUUUGCCAAAACAUUCUUUUUUUUCUCUCCUUUGAAACAAAGUUAAGUUACAUUGUUCUGGAUGUGAAAGUGGCUAUCUAGCCACAUGGUUGGGAAACAUAGAGGUUAAGUCCAUCCUGAGCACUGAGGGAUCUAGAUGACCCUUGAGACUCUAAUUCUCGUCCAGUCCAACCCUUUGCUGAGUGUCUAUCACCCUCCAGUCUUUGAACCAGGCCUUGGGGUCAACGAGGUACAUUCCACGGCUUGGGCAGAGGCCACACAGAUGAGUAGACAGACCAUUUCAGUGCCAGGUGGUAAAUCCAGUAACAGAGGGCGUGUGCAAUCCUGUCCCAGGAGCUGCGCAGGUGCUCCUACCCCCAUGGGUGGAGCCAAGGGAGCCUAGCAGAGGAAAGGACUUCUGAGCUUGAGCGUUAAAGGAUGAGUUGUUGUGAGUCGAGGAAGGAAAUGACUUUCUAGGCUGUGGAAGCCACGUAAACAAAGGCCCAGAACCUGCAUCUGCCUGGUGCUCGGGGCCCACAGGUGGUUUGGAGCUGCCGGAGAGUGUCCGGUGCACAGCUGCGGACCUGGAGCCUAAGCUUUUGUCACCGUGAGACGCAGAUUCUCGUGGCCACAGAGAGAGAGGCAGCUCAUCGUUUGCCAUGUGCCUUCACUCAAGCAGCUUGUCAGAGAGUCAAGUUUUCCUGCAGAUGAGGCUAGUAUCAAAGUUUCUUUUUCUUUGGAAAUACCUGGAAUCAUUAUCCUAAAAUGACCCCUGGUAACUAAUUUUUGAACUUUGUUGGGGGCACAGCCCCUCAUUGGAGGCUGUGAGGUGGGGCUGGACUGCUUGCACAGACAUGGCCCGGAUGAGCUUACAACAUACUAAUUCUGUUAUUACCCAGGGGCCCAGGCUCAGGUGCUCCCUUUUCAAAAAGGACAGGCCUUGACCUGUGGAGGAGGUUGUUCUGGACAGUGGUGGCACUGCACUCAGACGGCCUUGCCGUGAGUGGGCAGGCCACUGCUGCCCUCAUUUCCGUCCGGUCUUAAAUCAUUCUUGCAAGUAAUGGGUCAUUUGAGUACAGUGUGGUACAUGUGAUAAAUCCUCAUUGCAGUGGCACUCCCGAGUGGAAGGGAAUGUUUUCCUCAAUUCGGCGACAGUAAAAGGGCUCAGGCAGCCACCACCCUGGAGACCUGGCUCUACCGAGCCAGGAGCAUCCCGGCAUCCCACUGCGGCGCGGGCCUUGGUACUUCCUAGUACUGAUACUCAUAUUCCAUCCACUUGCCUUUUUCCUUCAGUGCCCGAGUAUCACACGUCCAUAACUUAAUUCAUCCAUGUUCAUUUUUAAACUUUAGCUCGAUUUGCAUCUAGAUGCACACCAACCCUUGGGUUUUUAGUUUGUAAUUUUGCUUUUAAACAUUAUCCUUCCCACCGAGACGCCUGUUCAGGCCUAACACCAGAGAGCAGGGUGUAAAGUUAGUUCCCUCCAACACUGGGAUGAGAUUCCUCUUUCAUGUUUCAGGGAAUUUUUGAACAGACGGUACAUAGCCCCCCUUGUCUAUUUAUAGUGGAAUAGAUGUGGAAAAGCAAUCAAAAGGCUUGAGUAAAAGUUGAAUUCAGUGAUCAUUCUUAAGAUCCCUUCCAAUCUGUGAUCCUGUGAUUCCAUGACUGUUGUUCAUCAUUGGACUAACCUACCCAUUACCAGUGAUCCACACACAUGUGGCUGACUUAACUCAGGUAAAUGGGAGCCUAUCCCACUGCCUUUGUCUUGUGUCACAUCAAGUAAACUGCUUCCUCUAUUUUCCUGUCUAGAGCCCAGGAGGUUUGAAAAAAGAUGGUGAAGGUGGAAGUCAAUCAUGGUACCAUCUCAUUAAAAAACAAAUACCUCAAAAUGUUCACCUUUGUGAGUGUACAAAAGUGUAUCUGACUUUCUUGGGAGAGAAAGGGAAUUGCAGGUUGGCUUAAAGGUUAGAUUUAGAAUGCGACCUUGAUAUUUAGGAUAUUUCUUUUUUUCACUCCUUGGUUCUCUGGGAAGCAUGAGAGGGUAAACUGUAACACAAAAAGGGGACAUGGCUUGAAACAAGUAUCUCACUUCUAAAAAAACACUUUUUCUUUCAUGUAAACGGAUGACUGCCUUAUGUUAGUGGCAUAUGAAGUAUGGACCAAAAUACUUGUGUUGCUGGUAACCACUGUACACGUACGUAUUUGUGUUUUACGCCAUCUGCCUUUUUUUCAAUGUACUGUCAUCUUGCAGAAGAAAAUCUUUAUAUGAAAAGUACAAAAACUGUUACUAACUGGACAGCCAGGAAGGUGCUGGUCCCACAUUGUGCCUGCCUCCCACCGUCUCCGUAACCAGGGACACGGACGCUUCCACCCUGCGUGCCCGCCAGCCUGCGGCCGCGUCGGAGCCUGGCUGCCGCGGGCGUGUUGCUUUAGGGGUGUCCUUUUCUUUCUUUUUGAAAUGAGAUUCUCCAAGGGGUCAGGCUGAGAAUGUAAUAAGGCCAAAGCUGGAAGAGAUCUCUCAGAUGUGGUUCCAGCCGAACCCUGCUGGCAUUGCCACGCCCUCUGCCACUAGAUUCCACCAACCACACCAAGCAGUCUUGACUUCCUGAAUGUGACUCGGUGGGAAUGAGCAAGGAUUUCCCACAGUGUUAAAUGUCUGUAUCCAGUUCUCCCUUCAAAUGCUGCUGACUGUUGUGAAUGUUUCUGAACUCUGCGCACGUUCCCACUGUGCUUCCCUCUAACAGAAAUGUACGUGUCGCCAUGACCAAUGUCAAAGGCUCAAUGCAAGUUACCGCCACGGUUCAAAAUAAAUCUCUGUGGAAACCCUUCUGCACCUGUGGUCCUGUCGUCGUCGUCGUUGUCGGGCUGCGCUAUGUGACCCACACGC